AUGGAAAAAGGAAGAAAGAAGGAAAAAAGGUAAGACAGAUGAGGGGGAGAAGGAUGGAAGGUUAGACAAAACUAGUAGGGAAGGAAGGGAUGUAAGACAGAAGUGUAAGAGAAGAAAGAAAGGGUAGAAGUAAUAAAGGUAAUGCAGAGUAAGGAGGGAAAAGGGAGCAAAGAAGGAAAGGUAAAACAGGAGGGAGGGAAGGAAGAGAGGAAACAUGGAAGGGAGAUUAGAAAAAGGGUGGAGGGAAGGAAGGACUAAAAUAAUGAAGGCAGGAAGAAAGGACGUAAAGAAGGAAAUAAAGAAAACUCCUCUGAUCGCUUUGACGUUGUUGUCAAAAUAACUCAAAGCUCAGCCCACCCAUCAUUCCUCACACACUCACGCGCCUGUUGAUAAGAAGUUGAGUACCAGACUGAGGAGGAGGAGGAGGCUCCUCCACUCUGAGAGGAUGAAGAUCUGCAGCAAAAACUGCCGAACAGACUCUCCGUCAUGACCAAAUAUGUAGGUGCGCAUCCUUCCUAAGGCCGUUCCUGUGAGGUUGGGGGUCUCACACUCAAAGAAAACAAUGUGGACCUCACUGCCUACCAUCCUUCUACUUUCUGUUUUUUUCCUCUAUGGAUGUCAGAGCGCUUCAGGAUUCGUCUGCCCGAGAAUCUGCCAAUGUUUCUCCAACUCUAUCAGGUGCAACAACGUGACAGAAGAGUCGGUUCUGACGAGGGAGCACAGAGAUAAAAGACUGUAAGUUCAACAUUCAUUCUACAGCACAGACCGGAUGAACUUCGCUGUGGUGCGUAAAUGGCUCGAUGCAUUAUGAAACAUUUAAAGAACAGUGAGCCUGACCUGCCCUCAAAGUUAAUUAAGACUUUUUUAUCUGGUAUGAAAACAGUUAUUUCUUAUGUGUGCCUUUGUAUUCGUCAGAGAACCCCGUCCGAUAAAGACUAGCCAUGCGCAAUUACGCACGUCUGAAACGUGCAGACAAGCUACUUGGGUGCCCGUCACACUUUUUAUGACUCUAAAAGAGAAUGGUCCAUUACGUAGAAAAAAUAAACUCUUCUCUAUCAGACGAGGACUAAGUUUGUUUAAUUUGCCUAAAUAUUUUCUUAACUUUGUUUUUAACGUCAAAAAGGACAUGUUGGUCGACUGACACCGUUUUGAGACCAGGAUGGGUACUUUAUGAAAGAUGAUCUUGCAAUAUCCCAUUACAGAUUUCAAUAUUGUGGUAACAGAAAGAGUUUGAGCAGAUUGUGCAUUACUGUUUCAAUGCAUUAACUUCUGUCGUUAAAUGUCCCAAAACAUGCUGCAUGCUUUUUUUUUUUUGCCAACAUACUUAUCAGCAGAAAGAAGUGCAAUAAUAAGUUCUCAUAUUUUAAAACAAGAAAAAUGUUUUGGCCCGUACUGCAGACUGAAGGGCAUUUCUUCAGAGUGAUGUCUAUAUUUUGAUUCAUGCUUAAGUGCUGUAGCCACCACAUUAUGUUGUUUAAAAAAAGAAGAGCCUGCAUGAGUGUGGCUUAAUUACCUGUGAAGAAAAUGUCAAGUUGAUCUCACACAGUCAGGUUAUCCUCUCAGCGUUAAAGUUUCUGAGUGUCAGAGAUCAUGUGUGAGUCUUGGUGUAUGAUAAUUGGAAAUAUUGCAUAAUCAGAAGAUGCCAAACCACAUUCUGUAUAUAUUACAACAGCAUGGCUCUGUAGUAGAAGAGUUCAGGUGCUAAACUGACCUGCCUUGCCUUUUUUUCAGGUUUCUCUACGACUUGCCUUUGCAAACUAUUUCCAGUCACUCUUUUGGUGGUUUGAGAGGAGUCCAGAGGAUGUAUGUAUCUUUAUUUCCAUCCACUUACAAACUUUAACCGUAACCUCAAAGAUUUUUAAUUUUAAUUUUCACUUGUCUGCCUUUUUGUCUGCCUUCAGAUCAUUGAACUCCAGCUGCAGUGCAUAAGAUUAAAUGCCUUUUAGAGCAACAAUGAGUCUUUGCAUGAUAUCAAAUAUAAUAUUACGAAUCCCUUUGACAGAAACCGCUCGUGUUGUGUAAAUACUCCAAACAUCAGUCUGUAUUUUCUUGUCAGCGCUGAAUGUUUGCUUGGAUUAAUUUUGUUGCUUUUGUUUCUGCUCUUUUAUGCAGUGAGAUCACUCAGAGUGUAACCCUGGAAACUAUUGAGACUUUAGCGUUUAAUUACCUCCCCAGCCUCUCUGAAAUGUACGUCUUUUUAAACCCAGUCGAUAAAUCUUUAUUAUUGUUAUGAAUCUGUAUUUUUACUGAUGUAUUCAUUCCGUUCUUUGCAGCUCAAUCCAGAACACCAGGAGUAUGCGGCUCGCUGAACAAAAGGCAUUUAACAACCUUCCCAAACUGCGUUACCUGUGAGAGCAAGUCUGUGACAAUUUUAUAUUUUAAAUCCUGCAGAUGCAUAGUAGAUGGAGCCAUGGUUACCUCCAAAAUCUGGAGAUGAUUUCGCCCUUAAUCUGUGAAAGUGUGUCUCAUAUAUGAUCUGAGUCUGGAUAUUGUCAGACGCCACAUUUAUGGAGUCUUCGUGGAGCUUGACAAAGUAGUUUUUCUCUUGUUCUUUAAGAUGGUUUAAUGUAUAGUUUGACAAAAACUAAAUAAAGAAAGUAUUUCUGUCAGAUUAAAUCUAACUGGAGUCAAGCUUGAUCUCAAAUUGCUGAAAAAAAAUCAUCACAAAAUGGCUUUAUCUAUCUUUUGCUAAAACAGGAGCGUCGCAAACACGGGGAUCACGGUGUUUCCUGACAUUACAUCCAUCAACUCUCUUGAAUCAGAGUUUAUCUUGUGAGUAUUUUCAUCUUUCAAUAUAAAGAGGAUAAAAUUCAUCAUACAUGCAUUAGAUUCUUUUUGCAUUUUUAAUGAUUUUUUAUGCUUUUGCAGGGACAUCUGUGAUAACCUGUAUCUCCUGGAAAUACCUCCAAAUGCCUUCAUAGGGUUGACAAAGGAGUAUGUUACAAUGUAAGUCAUGUGGUACUUUCUUUUUCCUUAUGUGAUGAUUAGUUCUGGAUGAAAUCGAAAUAGCUUUGUUUGUCACCUCUUGACUGAUGGCAGGAACUUGUACAACAACGGCAUCAGAGAAAUACACGACCACGCCUUCAAUGGAACAAAGAUAGACAAGCUGUAAAUCCAUUUAUUUGCUUUUUCUGAUUUAAUAAGUUUGGUUUUCUGUUCUCAAAGCAUUAAAUUUUGGUGUCAUCAUCCUGAUUUUUAUGACUUUAGGGUGUUAAAGAACAAUCGUAACCUCAGAGUGAUCCACAGAGAUGCUUUCAAAGGCGCCACAGGCCCUGGAGUUCUGUAAGUGGUAAUUUCGUUAGUUUUUGUUUUUUUUUUUUCCAAAUGGGGGAUUCUAUUAGUUUGUUUCUCAUUUUUAGGCCAGAAAGGGAGAAAGAUUAGUAGAAUAUUUUUUUUAUAUCUGCAUUAAUACUAAGAACAAAAGAGGAUCUAGAAUGGAUCCCUGAGGAACACCUUUUCUAACGCCGAGGGGAUUUUGCUUCAGAUUUUGACAACUUUUACAUGAGAAGAUAUCAGUUAGUAGACAAACUGAAAAGGUGUAAUUCAGUGAAUUUUAUGCUUUAGUGUCCUAUCAGUUCUUAUUGUCGUCUGCUAUUUUCCAAUCUUAAUUCAGGGAUGUGUCUGCAACAGCUCUCAUCAAGUUACCAGCUCACGGACUGGAGUCAGUUCUGGUCCUGUUAGCUCAGUCGGCAUACGCCCUGAAGAGUCUUCCUCCUCUGCAAGGACUGUGGAGCCUACGUGAGGCUCAUCUCACCUACAACAGUCACUGCUGUGCUCUGCUGAGCUGGAACAACCAGAGGUUACUUACACUCUGCACUUAACAGUUUAAUUGAGUGUAAAUGUGUGUCCAUCUGAAUUUUAUUUUCCUAACAAAACAUGAAAACUUCAUCCCAGAAGAAGCUUUUUUAGUGUUUUACAUGUGAUUUUUGCAUGAUUUCUAUCCUCCUCUUUAGGGACCAUACUAUUAAUCCUGCAUGGACUAAUGGUUCUACAUACUGUGAUGAGAGUGACCCAUCAGCAAGGUAAAAAAACAUCACUUCUCUUUCUGAAUAAAGACUUUGUGGGGAAUGAAAUCAAAGGUUUUAUUUGCAGCUUCAAAAUACAAAAAUACAAAAUACCCUUAAUUCAUACUUUCUGCAUUAAAUACUAUGGAUUUGAAGUAACUGCAAAGUAAACCUUUCGUAUGAUUUGCUCAAAUAAUGCAAUAAAUGACCAAUCAGGAAGAUGAACAAUGACAUGUUAAAAUAGACAGAACCUGUGCAAGAAGGCCAUGCCUGUAAGACCUGGUAAUUUUUCCUCUCCUUGAUCCAUUAUACUCAGUGAACAUCCUAGUGUAAACCACAAAAGGCUGGAGUUCAGUGGGUGCAAACUGGUUGUGACAAAGUGUUUCUUUGGCAGCCUUGGAUAAAAAAGUGUUGGAUGAUUUUGCCUUGAGAUCUAUGGGUUAUAAAAAAAGGAAUUUGUUUUACUAAGAGCUUAGGUUUUAAAUGUUUUCCUCUCUUUGCUCUUGUCCUUCAAAAUCAGGGUUCAGCGUGUGGUUGGAGGCUCAGCAGAUGGGACCCCGUUUGCAGAUGUGCCGUUUUUCUACGAUUUUGAUCUUUUGAUGGACGACGAAGCCUUUGGGGAGGUGAAUUUCCACUAUCCGGAGCUGGACUUCUGUCAAACCAGACCCACUUUGAUUUGCACGCCUGAAGCGGACGCUUUCAACCCCUGUGAGGACAUCGCAGGUUUCAGUUUCCUCAGGGUUGCCAUUUGGUUCAUCAACAUCCUGGCCAUCACAGGAAACCUGACAGUGCUGCUGGUCUCCCUCUGCAGCCGCAACAAGCUGACCGUGCCUCGCUUCCUCAUGUGCCACCUGGCUUUUGCAGACCUCUGCAUUGGGAUCUACCUCCUCCUGAUCGCCAUCGUGGACCUGCGCACUCAAGGUCACUACAGCCAGCAUGCUAUCGAGUGGCAGACGGGACCUGGAUGCAGCGCUGCGGGAUUCCUAUCUGUGUUUGGAGGGGAGCUGUCAGUCUACACGCUGUCCUCCAUCACCCUGGAGCGCUGGCACACCAUCACCAACGCCCUGCAGGUGGAGCGCCAUCUUGUUCUCACACAGGCAGCCAGUAUAAUGCUAGCUGGUUGGCUAAUCUGUGUGGGGAUGGGGGUCCUGCCUCUGAUUGGCGUGAGCAGCUACGCCAAAGUUAGCAUGUGUUUACCCAUGGACAUCGAGACUCCUCUGGCUCAGGCCUUCAUCAUACUCAUCCUCCUCUUCAACGUGGGUGCAUUUGUUGUCGUGUGUACGUGUUACGGGCUCAUCUAUCUGGCCGUGAAGAACCCAGACUUCCCCAGAAGAAGUGCCGACACAAAGAUCGCGAAGCGCAUGGCCGUGCUCAUCUUCACAGAUUUCCUCUGCGUGGCGCCAAUCUCCUUCUUCGCCAUCUCUGCUGCGUUCAAGCUCCCUCUCAUCACCGUGACAAACUCCAAGAUCCUGCUGGUCCUCUUCUUCCCUAUCAACUCUUGCGCCAAUCCCUUCCUUUACGCAAUCUUCACCAAGGCUUUCAGGAAGGACGCGUACCGGCUCUUGAGCACCAUGGGCUGCUGUAAAAACAAGGCUGGUGUUCAUCACAUGAAGGCCUCCAGAAACGCCGCCAAGAGCAAUCUAGGAUCUCAGGAACGCUCAGGACCAGGAGUGAGACCGGGUGCUGUGUCGCAGCACCUGAAGGAGGAGGGAGAACUCACCUGA